AUGCGAAUCGUCGAUUUCGUUGUUUCUCUGUGUGUGCAGGCAGGCGGGCACGAGCAGGCACGAGAGCAGAGCCAGCCAAAGACGAACGAAACGGUGGUGCGACGGUGUUGGUUUAUAUACUCGUGCGCUUUGCGAAGCAAAUACGAAAUAAAAAAAAACAACACGCGCACACAUGAUGCGAGCGCGUUAACGGCUCCCCGGGGUACCUACAUAUUGCAAUAUCGCCACGCAAUAGAGCAGCAUCAACAGCAGCGACGGCAGUUGGUUCGACGAGUUACGCAUCUCGUUUUUAAGUAGCCGAAGCGACGAUGCUAUUUGGUCACGGUCCGCCGACGUAAAUAUAAGAGAAGUGCUGUGUUCUGAAGAUCAGUGUGAACAAUGCUGAUCAAAUAAUAUACAGCAAGGAACUUGAUCAGGAUACAAAUAUUUGGCAAGUAAUAUGGGGGCAUUUUUGGAUACACCAAAAACAGAGAAGUGCAAUGAGCAUGGAACUGGCAAUGGCCUGCGAUACGGAGUUGCCAGUAUGCAAGGCUGGCGAAUGGAAAUGGAGGAUGCUCACAGAGCAAUACCUUGUCUGGAAGGUGGUCUAUCCAACUGGAGCUAUUUUGCGGUGUUUGAUGGCCAUGCAGGCGCGUCAGUAUCAGGGCACAGUGCAGAGCAUCUAUUAGAAUGCAUCAUGGAAACAAAGGAGUUUAAAGCGGAGGAUGUUAUCAAAGGGAUCCAUUCUGGGUUUCUCAGACUAGACGACAAAAUGAGAGAUCUACCCGAGAUGAGUUCCGGCACAGACAAAUCUGGGUCUACGGCAGUAUGCGCAUUUAUAUCACCCAAAAAUAUUUAUAUCGCCAAUUGUGGCGACUCCCGAGCAGUACUGUGUAGGUCCGGGGUACCAGUUUUUGCUACGCGAGAUCACAAGCCUGUUCUGCCUGCCGAGAAGGAGAGAAUUCAAAAUGCAGGUGGUAGCGUAAUGAUCCAAAGAGUUAACGGAUCCCUGGCAGUAUCCCGAGCAUUGGGUGAUUACGAGUACAAAAAUCUAAAGGAUCGAGGGCCUUGUGAGCAGUUAGUGUCACCGGAACCGGAAAUAUUUGUGCGAGACAGGGACGAUGAACACGAUGAGUUUCUAGUUUUAGCAUGUGAUGGCAUUUGGGAUGUUAUGACCAACGAAGAUUUAUGUAGUUUUAUACAUUCAAGGCUACUGUUAACCGAUGACUUAGAAGCAGUUACCAAUCUGGUUGUAGACACUUGUCUUUAUAAGGGUAGCAGAGAUAAUAUGAGUAUAGUCUUGGUGACGUUCCCAGCCGCGCCAAAACCAAAUCCUGAAGCACAGAGGCAAGAGACCGAGCUGGAAAUGGCUAUAGAAAGGAGAAUUAAAGAAAUAGUUGAAGAAGAGGAUAAGAAAGAAGAUUUCGAUUACAACAGAAUGCUUGAACUUCUUAGAACAAGCGAGAUAGAUUUUCCGCACUUACCUCCCGGUGGCGGUCUUCAUGCUAAGCAACCUUUCAUCGAAAAAGUGUUUCGGGAAGUAUGUCCCAGCAAAGCGAAUAGUAAAUCACAGAGCAGUUAGUGUAUACAAUAUGUAUACGAUUUCAUACAUGCAAUCAUGUGCAAUAGACUGGCCGAACCGAAAGUGAUGAAAAUGAGAUUUCUGUUCAUCAAGAGUCACAGUGGAGCGACACGAGCAAAAGACCAUGCGAGUUCAGAGUGGUAAUGGAGUAACCAGUUGCAGUUAAUUACAAUUGAAAAUCCAUCAUAUGCGCGUACUAAGGAAACACAUUGUACAAAACCAUUUCGUCGGCAAUCAAAAGGAAACACACAACAGCGAAAAGAUUUGAAAAAAAUUAUUAGACAUUAUUUUAAUUAUAUUAAACAUAUAUGCAUGCCUAAUUUUAAUAAAAUUUUACUUGAAGAAAAUAGUUUUGAAGAUCACUGCGUGAUUGAAUUAUGCUAUAUAUCUUCAUACGGCAUAAGAAUUAUAGUAAAUUAUUGUGUUUGUACAUAUAUAUAAAGUUAUUCUCAUCCUAUGUGUGUGUGUAUUAUACAUAUACUUUGAUUGUAUUUCAUUUCUUAUGCAGUCCAAGCAAUUUUAUUUUCGGUCGUAAACAAAAUAAACUCUCCUACUUUUACAUAAUAGCACAAACUGAAGCUUAUAUAUUUCUCUUCCUGUUGUUGUAUUAGAUUUUUUUAUUUAUUUGUUUUUUUUGUUUUUUACUUUUCUGACUGAUUGCUAUUCGUUACUUGGAACUAGUCGCCUUCUACCACUUCAUUCUGUAUUGACUCACAUAUUCAGCAAUAUUAUACUGGGAAUAUAACAUUAUUGUGUUAAAUUACUUUUACAUAUUUAUUCCAAAAUAUUCAAGAAGAUACAAAAGACUUAAAAUGGUAUUAUAAUUACCGUUAUUGGUAUAUUUAAAAGGUAUACGAUUUCUCUCCUUAAUUGAUAUUUACUUAAAUAUACCGCAAUAACAGUGAAAAAAAACAAACACUAAUUUAUUCGAGAUAUAUCACAAUGUAUCUUUGUUCAGAUAAAACAUAGCCGUAUUUAUGGUAAUAAGGUAAAAAGUGUAUAUUAUUCGCACGCACACACUCACACAUAUACGUUACUUAACAUAUAUCGUUAUUGUACAUUUUCAAAAAUGUGACAUAAGUUGUUGCGUUUCGUAAUGCAAAUUUGCAAUUGUUCUAUAUCUCCAACUUAAGCACCCGAUUUGAAACGUAUUGGUAACGCUUUGUUUAAUGCCAUAACAUAAACAAAUGAUUUUCUAUCAAAAUAAUUAAGAUGUGUGUCAUUAAAUUAAAUAUACACUUGUGCUAAAUCAUAGCUACAUUCGUGUCUGUCAACAUUCCAAUAUUGUAACUUGUCUAUUUGUAAAAUUCUUCCCUCUUUUGCUCUUAAACAUUACAAAAUGCUAUAACGUAUUCAGAAAAAAUUGAAUGUAUACAUGUAAGAAAGUGUAUGCGCAAUAUCGUAAUAGACAAUUCUACUUCGUUAGCUAUAUAAACAUUUUUCUUCAUAGUUUCAUUCUUGUGGUAUUUAUAAAGAAUAACUCGGUUUUAUUCGUAAGAAACUUGUAUGUGUGUCACAAUGUCGCAUAAAAAGUUUUUUUUUAAUCGUAAUAAGUAUAAUUAUUCGAUAUAAAUUAAAGUCUGUAAUAUUAACUUAAAGCGCAAAUUAAUUAUUCAUUAUCUUCAACCUGAUCGUUUUCAGGAUCACAACUAAUCAGGAGUUUAAAAGAUCUAAUACUCUUUCACAUCUGAAAAAAACUUACUCUAUAUAGUUCAACAAAAUCUACAAUAGACGAGUUUUUAUAGACUGACUGGACAUUUAACUGAGAAAAUUAUUUGUUAACUAUCUAGUAGUACUAAUUUCUUAUAUAUAUAUAUAUAUA